AUGAUGUUGUUCAUCCAAGCCAUCAACUUUGCGGUUUGGGAUUCCAUCGUCGACGGUUCUCUUGUUCCUCCAAGAAAUCGAAAAUAUUUAACCAAUGAAGACAAUAAGCUUGUCCAACUAAAUGCCAAAGCCAUGCACAUCCUCUUUUGCGCACUUGCUCCAGAAGAAUAUAGUAGUGUAUCUUCAUGCUCUAAUGCUAUGGAUAUUUGGGACAAGUUGGAGGUGACUCGUGAAAGAACAAGCCAAGUAAAAAAGUCCAAGAUUGGUAUUAUCACUCUCAACUAUGAAAAUUUCAAGAUGAAGCCCGGUGAUAAUAAAACGAUGUUUGAUCAGUUCACUUUAAUCAUAAACGAGUUAAAGAACUUGGGGAAAUUUUAUCCAAAUGAAGAUAUAGUGAUAAAGAUGCUUGUCUCGUUGCCUACAUCAUGA